AUGCGGUUUGGGAAAACCCUCCGCAAUGCGGUGUACCCUCCCUGGAAAGGGAAGUACAUUGACUACACCAAGCUCAAGGCACUGCUGAGGGAGAAUGAUGUCACUAAAAACGAAGACGAUGCGAGUGACUCCGAUGACGAUCAAUGGACCGAGCAAGACGAGGAGGCGUUUGUGCAGGAAUUGCUAAAUGUGCAAUUGGACAAAGUGAACUCUUUUCAAGCAGAGACCUCGCAGCAACUUCGCGAACGUACGACGGCAUGUGAAGCCAAAUUGCGACCCUUGGCGUCUACUGCGGAGGGAGACAGUCCCGCUCUCGGUGAACAGGAGAAGAGGGCAAUUGCAUCGGAAGUGCUCCAUGAACUCGAUAACAUCACCAAGGAGGUCAGUGCCUUGGAAAAAUACAGCCGAAUCAACUUCACUGGGUUCCUCAAAGCUGCCAAGAAGCAUGAUCGCAAACGAGGAGCCCGAUACCGGGUGAAACCAUUGCUCCAAGUGCGACUGUCGCAAUUGCCAUUCAACUCGGAGGAUUACUCGCCGUUGGUCCAUCAGCUCUCGGCGAUGUACUCUUUUGUUCGGGAAACCCUAAGCCAUGACAUCGUGCAACCAAAGGAGGCCGAGCCUGGGUUUGGCCGCGAAACCUAUUCUUCCUUCAAAUUCUGGGUGCACUCGGACAACGUCUUGGAGGUCAAAACCCACAUCCUUCGCCGUCUGCCUGUUCUUAUCUAUAGACCGGGAACUUCCAAGGACCUCGAUACCAUCACCGAAGACCCUACCAUCACUUCUCUGUAUUUCGAUAACCCCCAAUUUGAUCUCUACAAUCAGAAGGUCGCACGAGCACCGGAAGCCGGAUCUUUGCGACUGCGCUGGACUGGCUCAUUGAAGGAUAAACCUGCGAUUCAUCUGGAAAAGAAGAUUGUCACGGACGACGACGAAAGUCGACAAGUCAAGGUACAACUCAAAGACAAGCACAUCAAGGAAUUUUUGGACGGGGAGUACCGCUUCGACAAGAAGGUUCACCGCAUGGAAGAUUCCGAGAAUGGAGAGUCUGCCGCUGCCGAGGCCUUGAAAAGUGACGUGGAUGAGCUACAGUCAUUCAUCAAGGACAAUGAUCUGCAACCGAUGCUUCGGGCUAAUUACACGCGCACCGCCUUCCAGAUCCCCGGCGACGAUCGGAUCCGUAUUUCCCUCGACACCAACCUAGCCCUUAUUCGAGAAGAUGCUCUUGACAGCGAGCGUCCAUGCCGCAACCCAGGGGAAUGGCAUCGGGCCGACCUGGAUGAUGCCGACAUGACCUACCCUUUCAAUGGUGUCAGGACUGGAGAAAUCACCCGCUUUCCUCACGCCUUGCUCGAGAUUCAGCUUCGGGGCAAGGCCCACAACACUGAGUGGGUGAAGGACCUCAUGGUUUCUCAUCUGGUCAAGGAUGCUCCUCGCUUCUCUAAGUUCGUCCACGGAGUCGCCUCACUGUUCGAGGACCAUGUCAACAGCCUCCCCUUCUGGCUCAGUGCCCUUGAAGGCGAUAUCCGCCGUGACCCCGAAACUGCAUUCCACGAGGAGCAAGAGCGACUGGCUCGGCGCGCCGAAGAGGACAUGGCAGUGGGUAGUUUCAGGGGAGGCUCGGGCGGCAGCCCAGGUGUCCGCCAACUGGUGGGCUCAUCCUACCACCAUCCUUUCAGCGCAGGUUCCCCAUCAACCGUGCGACGAGCCUCGGUGACCGAACGGUCGGCACCACGCCCACGUCCCUCGAUCCCAGCACCCCAGCGUCGUGAGACUGAACCUAUUCCCGAAGUAGAGACGGAACCAGUGCCUCCCACUCGCCUCGAGUCUAUUUUCAGAACAUUGGGACUGUCUCCCGAACGUUGGCUUGGAACGGAAUCAGUCUCCCUACCGCCUGGUGUCCGACACCCCGGUGUCUGGAUCAAAGACUCCGGCCCCAUUCGUGUGGAAAGCAAAGUUUACCUCGCCAACCAGCGAACGUUUAUCAAGUGGCUGCAUAUCAGCAUUCUUCUGUCGAGUCUAUCAUUAGGUCUUUAUAAUGCUGCCGGCAAGCACAACCAGGUUGCCCAGGUCCUGGCUGUGGUGUACACUUUCUUUGCCAUCUUUGCCGCAGUCUGGGGAUGGUUCAUGUACGAGAGAAGGGCCCGUCUCAUCCGUCAACGCAGUGGAAAGGACCUGGAUAACAUGUUUGGUCCCAUUGUCGUCUGCAUUGGUUUAGCCGUUGCUUUGGUGUUGAACUUUGUCUUCAAGUACUCCUCGGUGCUUAAUCAAGGCCGCAACCACCCGCUUCCUGAUGUGCCUGUUCUAUCCCUCCCCUCUGUCUCUGGCAGUUCGGGGAAUUCAUGGAGCAACCCGAACCAGGCGCAGCAGGUUCUGUAA